AUGGACACGUUAAACGAGACCAAUAGUGAUCAAGUUAAUGAAAUAACGGAUGGCAACACAGUCACAGGCUCUGGUUCACUGUUUCUCACGCGCGCAAUCCGACAAUAUGCUUCCGCUGGAGUGAAGGCGGAAAACUUAUCUUUCCUUGCGACCGACACGAUCGCUUCCCAUGUUACUACCACUUCAUCCGUAAUUCAUCUCGAUGCUAUCGACGAACAACCACCUCUUCUUAUCAAAACUCUAGAUCCUUCUAUUGAUAGCUUCUCGAUACAUUGGCUGAAUCUAUCGGCCUUUCUAGUCCCUCUGUUUGGCGGCCCUGACUUUAACCGCAGGAAUUCUAGUUUGCAGGGAAGUUCCUGUAAUACUUUCGAUCUUUCGAAGCUCGGUGGACCUCCCUCGGUCUUGGCGAUGCGCUCUGUGACCAGGUCUCUCAGUGUUCACAAAAUUAGGGGCUCUUUUGGGGACUUUCAAUCUAUCGUCGCUGGUAGGAGCAGUUGUUUUAAGACUGCCAAGUACUUUGCAAAGUAUGAUGCCUUCAACACUACAUCUCCCGAUGCCUUCGAGACUGCCACCCCUGACGCCCUCGACACUGCACCUCCCGAUGCCUUCGACACUGCACCUCCCGAUGCCUUCGAGACUGCAUCUCCUAAUGCCUUCGACAUUCUAUCUCAUUAG